UAAUCUAAGAAUUAUUCUGUAAAAUUUUGUAACUGAUUUUCAUAGAGUUUCCUUAUCUGUUCUUCGCUUGGAAAAGAUGGCAUAGCAGAUGUAACAAUCGACUCUGCACUUCUGUAGCGCCGCCGCGAUCCUCUCGAGUAUAUUUUAUGUCCCUGAAUGAUGACGCGUGCAUCGUCGUCAUUUUCAAUCGUCAAAACAUUCAGUUGUGUAAUUUUCUGCUCACAGCAGACGGGUAGCGUCCACGCAAAAUGUCUCUUUUACGCGUUUACUGUACUACAGUUUUUGUAAAGAAAGGUUUAUUUUUAGAGUCGACUUAUACUGCAUGUCAGAGGACAGCAGGAUAUACAUCUGGUGGUGUGGCCAAGGAUAAAGCACCCUUAAAGAAAGCCAAAACACCCCAAGGACGCUUUGACACGGACGAAAUCGAGUCAAAAUCUAAAGAUGUUUCUGAACGAUUUCUAGAUGACGUGAAUCCAGAAACUAAGGAGAAAGGUGGUCCCAGAGGUCCUGAACCUACACGAUACGGUGAUUGGGAGAGAAAGGGACGUUGUAUUGACUUUUAAUUUGCCCUGUUAAAAAUAUCCAAAUGUAUUUAUUUUAACAUUUGAAUGAGUUAUAAUUCUGCAUACAGAUACAAAGAGAGAAUUUCUGUAAAGUUUGUCUUUGCCGGUUGUAUGGACCUACUAUCGAGGAUGAAGAAUAGUUUGUGUAAAAGUAGUUUGAACUACUUGAAAAGUUCUGUUCAGCCUGUAAUUUACAUUUUGAAAAGAAUCUGCUGUUGGAAAUUGAAUGUUUUUAUUCUCUUUGAAAGUGAGUAACAAAGUCUGCAAGGCCUGAAAGAUCUUUUCAAAGAAUAAACACAUUCAACUAUU